GGACGUGAUCAAGACGAAAGAACUUUCUCCUGCGCCAUUUUCUUUCGGGGAAUAUGCAAGACGGUAGAAGUUUUUAACAAAGAAAUGCUGGUUCAAGUGGAGUGCAAGGGUGUCCUGAAAUGGGUUCGAAUACCAAUGAAGGAUGACGGCUACGAUUACUUUCAGUUCAUUCAAGAAGUUUCAGCUAAAUUCAGCCUGCCAAAUGAACCUGAUGUGAACCUGAAGGACUCCUCAGGAGUUGAUGUAGAUGCUGACAUUUUUGAUGAGUUAGUGAGAUCUGCUGCAGUAUCUUUCAAAGUGUUUACUGAGGACUCUGCUGAGAAAGAGGUCUCUGAGGCUUCCUUCUGCUCAGAUGAGGGAUCAUUCUCAUCCAUUGAGUCUGUGAGGUCAUCCUCAUCAGUUGAGUCUGUAAGUUCAGGCUCCACUGUGAUCACAGAAAGCACCAAAGAACGGAGAAGGCGACUGUUAGAAGGACCACCUGACAGUAAAGCAGCAAAAGAUAUGGUCUAUGUAGCUCUACAUCAAAAAAACAGGGGUGAAGACAUAUUCAAAGAGUACAAUACGACCAAAGGCCUUUCUGAUCAAACAAGAAGGAAACUCGUCAACAUCCUGGUGGCAGAUAUGAUUGAGAGUCAUGGGAGGAUCCCACCAAUCAAUGUCCGUGUGACCUAUGCCCUUGGAAUAGUCACCCUUUUCCCCAAUUUGAAGGAUAAGGCCUCACCAACUGGAUACGAACAUUACUAUGAUCCUCACAGUGGCCAAGGUUACUUGGCCUACAGAUUGAAAACAGUUCAGCGCAAUACCACAAGUAAUUUCAAGAGGAGCCCCAAGUCUGCUGAUCAACAUGGCCCUAAGACCCAGCGUGAGACAUCUACAUCUGAGCAGCUGUCAGGUGAUGAAUGCAGAGAAGUGAUGUCUGUGAUGAAGCAUUCAGCAGACCAACCAGUUGUGAGGGAGAAAAUGAAGGCAACCUUCAAGCACCGUCAGAGUAUGCUACACGAUCCAGACCAGUCUUCAGUCAUCCUAGAUUACUUCCCCCGAUUCUUGGAUACACCAGGCUUGAUUAACCAAGACUUCACAAUGCUAUUUGGAGAAGACGUCUCGGGCAAGUUUAUCGCGAAAUGGCCAACGUUCUACAAACCUAGGAUUAUCACUGUCUGCGAAAGCCUUCGCCCUGGUACUCAUGUGGAUGACCUUCUCUCUGCUCAAGAGGAAAUGAAUGAUUAUGGAUGGGACAGUGACUUGGCAGCUAUCCUCCUGCUUAUUCAUCUCUUGCCUCCAACCGCAAAAGGGAAAAGACAUGGGAAGAUCAGUGCCACUGAAGCUACUGACCAUGUGGUCAAGUUCAUGAAGGUGGGGACAAGCAUGGUGACAUUCCUUGACAGAGUUGGAUCAGCACAGCCCUUCCUCCUCUGUGUUGGAGAAAAGAAGAGUAGUAUCCAAAAGUUCUAUGUCAUCCUCGAUCAGAAGGCCAUCCCCUGUAUGGCGCAGACAGCUGUGGCUGCCUUCGACGAACUGUUUAAGGCCCACUUCGUCUUUGCUGUAUCCUACGAUGAGGCCUUGUGCAACUUCUACACCUUUAUUCAGACUACUGUGUAUGGGAUUGAUGUCGGCACUACAAAAGAGAGUCCACGGGUCAAGGAAAUCCGGGCAAAAGUUGAUCAUACUGAGGUUUGAAAAUGUUUACAUGCUAUGCUUGCAAGGUACAGCUCAAAAGCUACUACUUUUUUUUUUUUUUUUUUUUCAACAUUUGAAGUUUAUUUGCACCCUGGACAUACAUUGCGUUUGAAAUGUGACGAGAAUGGGUGUUCACAUAUUGUGGAUUCAAGAAACAUUUAUUGACACUACAUACAGACUGUAGCUUCAAGUUCUGUUGAUCCUUUGGACGGUGUUGACAGUAAUGUUUGUGUUCCUGAUCCACUGCUGAGUGCAGUUUUCUCUUGUCAGUUACGCAGCUAUUCUUGAAAAAAGAUAGUAACUCUAUUGUCGCUCAAGUACAAGCAUCUGGAGUCUCUGAAAGUACUUUGCAAUCUUUAGUUGGUUCAGUGGAGGAAUUUGUAAAUGAUGUCUAAGCACGUAACACUGUUCUUAAAUGUCUUUCAUCUGAGGUAACUAAACAAACUCAAGAAUAAAGAAAAAUAAAGAAUAUAUA